CUCCGGCGCAUUGGACGGUGACACCGCAGCAGCAGGCGGUGAAGUCCCUGUGCCAGACCGGAUCCUUCAUGAGGAAGAGGCCAGGGACAGGCAGCCCCGGCUUCUUUUCUCCAGCCGAUAUUAAUUGCGUAGUUCAAGCCAGAGUGAGCCCGUAGGGGGGCUGUGUUAGUGUCCAUAGGAUGUCCCGUCAUGAAGGUGUGAGCUGCGACGCGUGUUUGAAAGGUAACUUCCGGGGGCAGCGGUACAAGUGUUUAAUUUGCUACGACUACGACCUGUGUGCGUCGUGCUACGAGGGCGGAGCCACCACCACCAGACACACGACAGAACACGCCAUGCAGUGCAUACUAACCAGGGUCGACUUCGACCUAUAUUAUGGAGGGGAGGCCUUCUCGGUGGAGCAGCCCCAGGCCUUCACCUGUCCCUACUGUGGCAGGAUGGGCUAUACGGAGACGUCCCUCCAGGAGCACGUUGCUGCGGAGCACACGGAGACCUCCUCAGAGGUGAUCUGUCCCAUAUGUGCGUCGCUGCCUGGCGGGGACCCUAAUCACGUGACCGACGACUUCGCUGCUCAUCUCACACUUGAACACAGAGCCCCCAGAGACUUGGAUGAGUCGAGCGGGGUGCGCCACGUGCGUAGGAUGUUCCACCCGGGUCGGGGUCUGGGGGGGCCGAGGGCCCGGCGCUCCAACAUGCACUUCACCUCCUCAACCUCCGGAGGGGGCUCUACCACACAGACCACCUCACAGAGCUCCAACUACAACAGGGAGGCCAUGGAUCCUAUAGCAGAGCUUCUCUCCCAGUUGUCGGGGGUGCGUAGGUCAGCGGGCGGCCAGCUGAAUUCAGGUCCUUCAGCCUCCCAGCUACAGCAGCUCCAGAUGCAGCUCCAGUUGGAACGACAGCAGACCCAGGCUGCCAGACAGCAGCUGGAGUCGGCCCGGAGCGCCACGCAACGCGGCAGCCGCGCCUCCACCAACGCAGGGCUGAACGCCAACCCCAGCCCAGGGCAUCACAACGCCAACCCCAGUUCCAACUCUUGUAACCCCAGCCCCAACCCAGGGCAGCACGAGUCCAACACACACACACAGAACAGCAACUCCCAGUUCCUCCUCAACAGACUGAGUGAGCCGAGGUUGUCGGAGGCGGAGCGUCAGCUGAAUGAGGGCCAAUGGGCGGACCGCUCUCUCUUCGUCACCGAGCUCCUCCUCUCCACCCUGCUGGCCAAUCCCGAACACAGCGAAGACGACGAUCUCCAUGACUACCACGACGCCGUGACCCGAGGCCCGGACGCAUUCAGUGAUUUCGUCACCUUCGGAGACAUGGGCUGCGCGGAGGUCAUGACCUUGGACGUGGCGUUGGAGAACCUCAACCUCCGAGAACAGAAGGAGCAGCAGCCCCCGUCUCUUUGACGACGUCACCGCUGGCUGCAACGUUUAAAACCACCGACUGCCGUUACCGACCGGUCACGGCUCUUUUCAGCUUUGGUUGUUAUUAUUUUUGUUUUCUUUAUUUGGCUGGGUGAUGUCAUCUCACUUCUGUCACCCCUCCCUCCCUCGACCCACCCCCCCGUUGUGUACCUGAAGUCGGGAGCAAGACGUGUGAACGUGAGAGAGCGAGUGUCUGAACUACAUAUAUAUAUAUAUAAAAAAAUCUAUAUAAAUAAAUGUAUAUGAAAGAAAGCCAAUAAUCAACUCCGCAUAAAGCUGUGUGUUUUUGACCCUAACAGCCCAAGGUAGGAUGGGCAGGUAGCCGUUUGAUAAUGAUCAUAAACGAGGGCAGCACAGGCAUACAGGGAGAGGCAGACACUCUCCCCAGCAGCUGAGAUGCUCUUUGUUAAUGGUUAUUAAUAAUAAAACGUGCUUGGCUGGUUUACCACAACAAACGCUGGCAUGUUGAGAUUUUUCACCCUUAACUACUUUCCGUUAAGCACCAUAUUAAACCGCUAUCAAAAAUGGGGAGUUAGACGUUUAAUCUCUAUGAUGAUACCCAUCUCUUUAGUCCUAAAUUAUAGCUUAUUUGUUCAGUCUCCAUGGGUACUUACCUAACCUGCUAUCAUUAUAGGGGUGUUCAAUUCUACACAAAUUAUUAUUUUCCUCAGACUUGAUUGAUGGUUUUAAUUUAUUUAGCUCCUCCCCCUACCCAGGAUGACAUCACUUAUGGGGUCAUGUGACCUUGCUUUGUGCCAACUGAACUGUGGACCCUUUUGAAUUUCAUAUGCAAACUGUAUGCAGUUUCUGUGGAUAUAAUACUACAUAUACGCUACAUAAAGAGGUCAUAGACAUGCAACAUGGGAAGGCCAUAGGACAAUCACAUGAAAACUAACCUGAUUCUAUUCUCUCUCCUGACAGUUUCCUUGUUGUUUUGCUGGACUGAUAGGCCUUUUCUCAAUUGGAUUUGCUCAACUCCUGCAUCCUCCCUCUUCCAUCCUCUGGCCUCCUUUUGAAAAAGGUCAAAGGUAAUCGAGGAGAGGGGAAAGUGGAGGAAAAUGCGCUUGUAUAAAAUGACUCCUCCAAUCGCGCGUCAUCGGGCAAAUUACGUUUACAGGGUGGAAUCCCCAAUAAAUGUAUAAAGUGAUAACUAAUGUAUCUAGUUGUGCAAACAUUUUAUAGAUAAAAGGAUAAAUAGAAUACAGUUUUAAAUGUUUGCAUGCUUUUCUUCUUUUGAGAAAACAAUAGCUGAUUCAAAGGGGGUGUGGCUGAUUUCAAAACUCUUCCACGACGGACUCAGGGUAGGAUACACUUGUGCUUCCUCACCAAAAGGAGCCCAUCGAGGAGGGGAGGGACCGUCUUCCGUUUGCCUACUAACAAAUUGACACUUCGACCACUCCAUCGCUUAUCGGUUUCCGGGUCACGGAGGAGAGUGGAGGAUAGACUUUUGCCCAAAUGAGAAAAGGUGAUUUAAAGACGAUGAUCCACCACAAUGUGGCUGGAGAGAUCCUGUAUGCUCUCUCUCUCUCCAUUGGUUUUACUGAAGAAAGAUCCUGUAUGCUCUCUCUCUCUCCAUUGGUUUGACUGAGGAAAGAUCCUGUAUGCUCUCUCUCUCUCUCCAUUGGUUUGACUGAGGAAAGAUCCUGUAUGCUCUCUCUCUCUCUCCAUUGGUUUGACUGAGGAAAGAUCCUGUAUGCUCUCUCUCUCUCUCCAUUGGUUUGACUGAGGAAAGAUCCUGUAUGCCAUUGGUUGGUUUCUCUGUGUGAGAAUUAGACCUUGUAUGCCUCCCCUGCUACCUUAACAAAUGCCAUGUAUACUGAUGCCAUGUUGUUUUGGGCGUUUGGAAAAGGCCAAGACAGGGUAAACUGUUCAACUUGGAGAACAAUAAAACACAUUGGAUGUAAAAUGAACUACACCAA